GAGCUCGUCUUAAGAAUGGGAUGCAAGAUUAGUAUACUGAAGUGCAUGAGAGGUAAAGUCGAGCAGGAGAAGAGUAUAUCGUCGGAAACUAGCAGUUCUCUCGUUACAAACGGUAAGACGGAUGCGUUUGACAUUGUGGCUGAAAAGAAUGAAAAAACACCCUUCGAAGAUAGCAUGCACGAUGAAAAUGGCGAUUACUUGACUGUCAAAGGGCCUCAAGAUCUUAGUAAUUAUUUAUUGACAACCAACGUUCCUAGUAUUGUAAAAAUAUUAUUAGUCUUUAGCAAAGAUGACCAACAAAUGGACAUACUUGCUAGUACCGCGAGAAGAUUGGGGUGGAGCGUAUCGGUGGCAAAAGAUGCGGAAAAAGCAUUAGAACUUUUUCAAAAUCGUGCUCACGAAUUAGUGAUUAUCGAUCAUAGAGGACAUCAUGCGGCCGAGGGUGAUGCUAUUUGUAGAGCAAUUAGGUCAAGUCCGGUUUAUCACAAUUCUGUCAUUAUAGCGCUCGUGAAAAAAUCAUAUUUCAUGCUUGAUGAGAAAGACCAUAUUGUAGCAUUAAACUUGCUAGAAAUAGGCUUUAACAGAGCAUUGAUGGAAUGUUCUCAUGAAGGUAUAUUAAUAAACGAAUUAGUAGGAAUAUACACUAGCUCAUUAUUGCCGAAAACUCAACUAGCAGCAGCGCAUGCAUUAUAUUUGGCACUGGACAGGUGCCGUGAUAUGGUGCAUGUGACCAAUGAUAAGAACAUUGUACAGUUUCUAAAUAAAGUCAGCGAAAAAUUGUUAGGGUAUAAGGUAGAAGAAAUGAUAGGAAGAAAUCUCUCGGAGAUAGUAUAUUACGAAAAUUUUCCUCUCAUGGAGCAGCAACUGAGUAAAGGCCGGGAAUUCGAAGGGAAUAUGAAUUGCAAGAGAAAAAAUAAUCAGAUGAUUACGAUCAAUUGCAGGAUAAUUCCGUUCUGUAUUACAUUAAAAAAACCAAGUCAUUAUGUAUAUGUAUACGAUACUACGUAUUUAUCGGAAAAUUCAGCGCCAAUAAGUCCAAUUAGCAGCCCAUUGCAUCCUCCUCUUAAAACAAAUAUGACGAACGCGCGAAAGUCCUCGGAUGUCAGAUCUGGUAUAAGCGAAGAUAAAGGUCGUAGACGGUCCAGUUUGCAAAAAUUGCAUACCUUGCAACUGGAAGCUCCUAUCACUAAAGUCAUUACGUUACUUUCGAAUGCGGUCACGGAUACAACUAAUCCGGAAACAGCAGCGCAGAUCGAUAAAGCAAUCGAUAUCCUAAAGACGACGGAACUCUACGUACCGCAUCUUAAGGAAGAUAGAGCAAUGUGUAGCGAUCCAGUUGCUACGGAUCUUGUUGGCGCAUUACUUGCCUCUCCGCGCACAGCGUGGGAAUCCAGAAGGUCGUCCUCGGAUUCUGCGAGAUUGUCCACUAUCAAGGCUAUCACCGGUCCGGCCAAUUCGCGCGUGCAGGUAAAAAAUUUCCGGGGGCCACAAGAAAUUACGGAGGUACUGGACAAAAGUCUCGACUGGGACUUCGAGAUAUUUAAGCUUGAAGUACUGACAGAGAGAAGACCGCUCGUUUUCUUGGGAUUGACAAUUAUGAAUUUAUAUCAAGUGCCCGCUACAUUACAUUGCGAUGAGAGAACGUUACAGAACUGGCUAGCCAUUAUUGAACAUAAUUACAACGCGGAGAAUAGCUAUCACAACUCAACGCACGCGGCCGAUGUCUUGCAAGCCACUGCGAGAUUUAUGCAAUCAAAGAGGCUCAAAGAAAUUUUAGAACCUUUAGAUGAGAUUGCUGCUCUAAUAGCCGCCGCUGCACACGAUAUUGAUCAUCCUGGACGGUCCAGUCAAUUUCUUUGCAACGCCAAUAGUCGUUUAGCAAUACUCUACAAUGAUUUAUCGGUUCUCGAAUCGCAUCAUGCAGCUUUAACAUUUAAACUAUCAUUGUCUGACGAUAGUGUGAAUAUUUUUAAAAAUAUGGAGCGAGAUGCGUACAAAUUGUUACGACAAAAUGUCAUUGACAUGAUUCUGGCGACCGAAAUGACGAAGCACUUUGAGCACCUGGCGAAGUUUAUGAAUGUUUGCAGUGCAAGAAUUGGCGACGGUCAAGAGACAUAUUCAGAUUCUCUGGACAUGACUGUGGUACUACAACCAGACAAUGUAAUACUAGUUAAAAGAAUGAUGAUCAAAUGCGCGGACGUAUCUAAUCCAACGCGGCCAUUGAAAUGUUGCGUCGAAUGGGCGAGACGAAUCGCGGAGGAAUAUUUUAAUCAGACCGAUGAGGAAAAAAAGUUAAAAAUGCCAGUCGUAAUGCCAAUGUUCGAUAGAAUGACGUGUUCGAUACCGAAAUCGCAAAUCGGUUUCGUUGAUUAUAUUAUUAACGAUAUGAUCGAGGCUUGGGAUGUGUUUAUCGACAUGCCAGAAAUAGUGGGCUAUAUGCGACACAAUUACGAGAAAUGGAAAGAAUAUAAUAUGUCCAUUGUGCCUCUCGUUUUCCGCAAUUGGUGGGACGACUUCGAUCGUCCCGUUUCACGGCUAUUGGACCAGCACUUUGGCAUCGGCCUCCAUCGAGAUGAUCUCAUCUCGAGUCUCUCCGGACUUGGCCUUGAUCGGCCAUCCACGCGCUUCGGGAAUAGGUACUAUCGACCAUGGGGGAACGUGACACGUCAAAACUCGAGCGGAACCAGCACGAUCCAGUUGGACAAUGAUAAUUUCCAGGUGAUACUGGACGUGCAACAAUUCUCACCGGACGAGAUCACGGUGAAGACUAUCGACAAUCACGUUGUUGUUGAGGCCAAGCACGAGGAGAAGCAGGACGAGCACGGCUACAUCAGCAGACACUUCGUACGCAGAUACGUCCUGCCUCCGUCUCACGACCUCGUCAACAUCACCUCGACCCUCUCUUCGGAUGGUGUACUGACUAUCACGGCGCCCAAAAAGAACGUGACGCCGGCUGGCACAGAAAGAGUCAUCAGCGUUGUUCAAACGGGAAUACCAGCUGCCAGGCCGGUUCCCGUCGAAACAACUGCUGCUACUACUACCGCUAAUACUACCACUACUACCACCACUAUCGUCAAUUGAAGAAUUUAUUGUUCAAAACUUUCAUUCCGACAUUUACUUAAUUCUUUUACUUUCUCGAUUCUAGUAAUGAUAAAACAAUUUUGUAGUAUAACAAAAUUAUGCCAUAUGUAAUAAUUCUCUAAUACUUAUUUCACAAAGAUUUAGUUUUUAAUGUAUGGUACAAUAUAAAUAUAUUUUGUCUUAUAUCGUUUGA